AUGUGGUGGAGUAGUAUUCAAGUUAAACAAAAUUGUUCUCAAAAGGAAAAGGAUAAUUGUUUUAUAACAAGAGCUGCUUGGUUAUCAUCGGAAUUGAAUGUACAUUGUUUAACAGCAAUAAUCAUUUUAGAAUCUGAAGGACGUUUACCAUCUGAUGCAAUUAAUACACAUCUUUUUACCAGUCAACCUUGUGAGACGGCAUUCCGCAGCGCUCGGGCAUAG